CGAGCUAGUUGCUGGACCUCUGCUGCCUUGUGGAGUCCAGUUGUUUGUCCACCCACAGCUCAAAAUCAUUUCUGUUAUUAGUGACUCAAAGAGUGAGAAGCAGUACCAACCCAGCUGGGGUGGCAAGUGGGUUUUCUCAUGUCAUUGUACAUUUUCUUUUCAUCAGUGAUCACUCUGCAGCAGGCUAUGUCUGUAUAUGACAUCUUAUACUACAUUCACCCUUCUUAAAUUAUUUUAUGACCCUUGCUCUGAUCUCCAGGGUACCCCUGAUUUGGGAGAGUACAGAGCUGAAAACCUCUGGCCAGUGAACCAUGCAUUUCUCACUUAUGAGUUGCUUUCUCCUGACAAAAAAUGGUGGCAAACCAUAGCCAUCAGUGAAAAUCCCAAUGCUGUUUUUCCGGGGUGAUUAAUAUAGAAGCCAGCUCAAUCUGGGUUUAGUUUACACUGUUGGCUAUAAUUAACCUUUUAUUUUUGGAAGUUAAUAGAUGUAAACUUCUUCCUUCAUGAAAUGGAAAGGCAAGGGGUAUUUCAGAGGUCUUACACCUUGCUUUAAAGCUGGUCCACAUGGAAGGAGACAGAACAGGUAUGUGGCCUUUUCAUUUUUUGUGGGAUGCACAGAGAAGGGACAAGAGAUUUCCCUCCCUUCCACCACUGAGUGAUGAGUAUUUUCAAUAGUGGCUUCAGUUAAAAAGUGUUGGGUCUUACAAUAAACAUUUUUUCAGCCCCCUGCUAUGAUCAUUAGCAGCAUUGAGGAACAUCAAGCCUGAUAGCCUUCAAAUGUUCAACUUAUUAAAAGCUACCCCUCCUUUUCCUCAGUGCUCUCUCCUCCCUUACCCCUAAUAACACAUUCCUGCUAAAAGCCAUCCAGUCCCACCCUGAAAUACAAGUGGUGCUGGUUCCACUCAGCCAACCUCAGCUGCACCUGGAGUGUGAGUGGACAGGGUCCCUGCCUUAAUACAUGGGAUGUUUCAUACUCCAGUAAAUCCAGUUUAAACACUCUUGCUUUCCAAAAAUCUUGGAUCCAAAGGGCAGAGGCUUAGAUAAAAAAAAAAAUCCUAAAGGAGAUUUAAUGUUUGAUAUACAAAUGUUAAGAUGCUAGAGCAAUUCCAAAUAUAUAUUUAAUAUAUGAAUAAUUAAGUACCUCAAACCAGCAACAAAUAUGAGGAAUGAAGGAUGUGAAUAUGAUGACUGAAAUGAGUUUCCUUCAAUUCCCAGACACAGGACUGAGAAAAAUGGGGGAGUCAUCCCCAACCAUCCUUAAACUCUCAACAUUUUGACCUAAAAGCAACAGUUGUAAUAACAGAGAAAUUUUUGUAAGAAAUGAACCUCCUCACAUAGAGCAUGAUCUGAAAAUAUCCUUAUGCUAUCUGCAGUGUUGGAUAAAUUGCCACCAUCCUCCCCACACCCGAGAGUGCCCAUGGGAUUGGAAGCUGAGGAGCAUCCCGCAUCCAGCAGGGCUGAGACAGGGUUGCUGCCACUCUCAAGAGCUCCAGCCAACCCCUUUGAAUGCAGGUCCAGUGGCAGACUGGCUAGAAGGAAAAUGGAAUUUUAAUUUCACUUUUUUUCCUGUGUCACCUUUCAUAGCAGAGCAGGGCCUUGGGGGAGGAGGUGCUGUCCCCAGAAGUAGAGCAAACCUCCUCCUAACCCUGUUGUGAAAUGCUCAGCAGAGGAACAGUUGAACACCUGAAAACUUUGAAAACCUCAAGACUUUAGAGACUUGAAAUAAGGAUCUAAAUUGUUAGAUUUUCACCAGUUUGGGGGGGGGGGGAGGGAAGUUUGGUGUCAUUUUAAUUGCUUUUAAUUAGGGUUAAAUUUAAAACGAGUCUUUUCAACAACAGAGUAAUAAACACGGAGGAAGAAGGUUAAGAAACGGUUUAAUUUUCUCACGGGGGAGGGGAGGUUUUGGUGGGGUUUCUUUAGCCACCGAAAGGCUGCAGCGUUACUCGGGCCGCAGGCGGAGGGGGGUGGACGUGUCUCUCUGCUCUGCCCUCGUGAGGCCUCGCCCGGAGGCUGCGCCCGGCUCCGACCCGGCACAAGCAGGAUGUGCCCGCCGGGGCGGCACGAAGGGGCAAGGAAACAGCGGGCACAAAGAUGCUCAGAGGGCCGGAGCACCUCUCCUAUGGAGCCAGGCUGGGAGAGCCGGGGAUGUCCAGCCUGGAGAGGAACGGGCUCCGGGGGAGGCCUCACUGCGGCCCUCCAGUGGCUGAAGAGGCCUAUAGCAAAGGCAGAGAGCGAUUUCUUCACAUGGGCAGUGAGUGAGACGAAAAGGGGGAACGGUUUUAAACCAGAAGAGGGAAGAUUUAGAUUAGAUGUUAGGAAGAGCUGUGAGGGUGUCGAGACACUGGAACAGGCUGCCCAGAGAAGCUGUGGAUGCCCCAUCCCUGGAAGGCACUAUUCCAGGCCAGGCUAGAUGGGGCCCUGAGCACCCUGAUCUAGUGGAUGGUGUCCCUAUCCUUGGUCGGGGAGUUACAACCAGAUCAUCUUUAAGGUCCCUUCCAAACCAAAGCAUUCUGGGCCUCCACGAGGGUGCAAGGAGGACACCGGCUACCGGACCAUGGAAUGUUACCAAACGGUUGCCAAGUGGGCACCUGCACGGAGGGGUCAGGAGCCCAACACUCCAUCGACAGUUGGCAGUUGGCGGAUUCUCUGCUGGGAAGCAGCUGCAGAGCCUCUGUCUUCUCUGUCCCAGGUGGGAACAGAAGGCGAUUUGCUGAUAAUUUUCAAGAAAAAUUCUCAACUACCUGUACAGGUUUGGAAGAACAUUGUUCUCUGAUUCCUAGAAAUCGGGACUUUGUAGACUGUUCUACCUAAGGAAUAUAAGGGAUCGAUUGCUCUAACUUCCCUGAAAUUCCUUUUUCGGUGCUUGUCCCACUGACUUUUCCGGUGGUUUUAGAUCACAAAACACCAUGAGCACAAAUCGGCGAAAGCGCCGUGGAGGAGCCGUUAAUUCCGGACAAGCUUCGAAACGAAGCAGGCUGCUGGCUUCUGGUGCAGGUGAAGCUUCAGCAGCAGAGCCAAUAGACCUCGAAGAAAGUCCUGUGCUUUCUUUUGAUCUUGCUGUUGACGAAAUCAUAGAUCUCACAGACGAAUCUGCUGAGCCUGAAGUCAUUGAUCUAACUGGUGAUGAUUCUGUUGUACAGUGGGAGCAGAACCAGGAGCACCCACUUGUUUCCAGUGCAGCAGAUAAUUCAGUUGUGCUACUGGUGAAUGAUGAUGAAGAGGAACCAAGAGAUAAUGAUGGUUCUCUUCUCUCUAGCACACAGCCAGCAGUUACUGUAAGCUCUCCUAUUUGGAUAGAGGACAACUCACAGCAGUGGGAGCAGAACCAGCAGCACCCAGCUGGAAACCCACUUGUUUCCAGUGCAGCAGAUAAUUCAAUUGUGCUACUGACAAGUGAUGAUGAAGAGGAACCAAGAGAUAAUGAUGGGCCCAUUGCUACCCUUACAAAUGUGCUGUACCAGGAUUGCUUCCUAGGGCAGUGGGAGCAGAACCAGCAGCACCCAGCUGGAAACCCACUUGUUUCCAGUGCAGCAGAUAAUUCAAUUGUGCUACUGACAAGUGAUGAUGAAGAGGAACCAAGAGAGAAUGAUGGCACACGGCCAGCAGUUACUGUAAGCUCUCCAGUUUGGAUAGAGGACAACUCACAGUGGGAGCAGAACCAGGAGUACCCACUUGUUUCCAGUGCAGCAGAUAAUUCAGUUGUGCCACUGGUGAAUGAUGAUGAAGAGGAACCAAGAGAUAAUGAUGGGCCCACUGCUACCCUUACAAAUGUGCUGUACCAGGAUUGCUUCCUAGGGCAGUGGGAGCAGAACCAGCAGCACCCAGCUGGAAACCCACUUGUUUCCAGUGCAGCAGAUAAUUCAAUUGUGCUACUGACAAGUGAUGAUGAAGAGGAACCAAGAGAGAAUGAUGGCACAUGGCUAGUAGGUACUGUUAGCUCUCCAGUUUGGAUAGAUGAAUACUCAGAGUGGGAGCAGAACCAGGAGUACCCACUUGUUUCCAGUGCAGCAGAUAAUUCAGUUGUGCCACUGGUGAAUGAUGAUGAAGAGGAACCAAGAGAUAAUGAUGAGCCCACUGCUACCCUUACAAAUGUGCUGUACCAGGAUUGCUUCCUAGGGCAGUGGGAGCAGAACCAGCAGCACCCAGCUGGAAACCCACUUGUUUCCAGUGCAGCAGAUAAUUCAAUUGUGCUACUGACAAGUGAUGAUGAAGAGGAACCAAGAGAGAAUGAUGGCACAUGGCCAGCAGUUACUGUAAGCUCUCCAGUUUGGAUAGAGGACAACUCACAGCUUCUUGAAGGGUAUGAACAACAAAGAAGAACAUCUUACGCCAAGAAGCCAGCAACUGUUGGACAAGCCCCGUACUGCCCAGUUAUGAUGAUAUGAAACAGCAGAUGAGAUGUGACUGACGUAAGAAUCUGAAGUGACUGACGUAGAGUCUGAAGUGACUGACGUAGAAUCUGAAGUGACUGACAGAGAGUCUGCAGUGACUGACGUAGAAUCUGAAGUGAUGACAUAGAAUCUGAAGUGAUUGACGAAGAGUUUGCAGCGGCUGAUGUAGAGCCUGAAGUACGGAGAUCAUUGGACGACGAAACUGUGAAUUCAGAGGAAUGGCAACCAGCGUAAGGUGGCCCGAUUUGCAUGGAUUAUUAUUCACGGAUUAUACGAAGUGACCGACACGUUGUGUCAACCCAGUGUGGCCAUCUCUUCUGCAGUCGGUGCAUCGCUGUUGCCCUUGAGAAUUCCAGAGCUUGUCCAGCCUGCAGAACAGAACUCCCUCCCAGAGACUAUCACCCCAUUUAUUCUGAGUACUUCUGUUUCUCAGGACAGACUCAGAUGGAUUUUGGGGGAUAGGUGGCAGAAAGAUUUUUUCUUCAUGUACAUAGUUCUUGUUGUAUACAGUUCCAUUUUUCAUGAGUUUAAUUAUAAAUAAACUAUUAAUUUACUUAAA